UGUGGCGGUCCGUCUAUAUCAGCUGUUGCGCACUGCGCGACGUUCAUCAACACUGAACUAUCAUUUGUGCAAAGAAAACCAAAACAAAAGCCAAAAAACAACGAAAGAACGACAAACAGACCUAAACUAAACAUUUGAAUGCAAAUGGAGCCGUAAAGCUAACAAAUAAGAUGAAGCUUUACAAAUUGAACACGCACACGAGGGGCUGCAAUAAGUCAUACGAUGCCGAUUUGGUGUUGAAUCCACAGGAUCAUCCGACAGCCAAGGUUGGCAAUGUGGUGGAAAUCUAUGCGCCUGAGGAUGAGAAUGGUACUCAUCUGCUGCUCCAGAUAACUGAGUUGAAUGAACAGAGCAAAACCGGUCGCAAUGUGAUAAGCAUCGAGUCGUGUAUUGCGACAGCAUUUAAAAUGCGCUCCUAUUCCAAUGUUGUUAUGCAAAUUGUAAAUCCCGCUGAUGUCGCACUCGAUUCCAUAGAAAUAACAUUCAAGGAUCAGUACAUGGGCCGAUCGGAAAUGUGGCGUCUGAAGACGUAUCUGACCAAUACAUGCGUGUAUGUGAACAAGAAGAUUGACUACAACGACAUGCAGAUACGCUGUCAAGUGUACGAGAUGUGGUCACAGGGCGAGCGGGUAGCCAGUGGCGUUAUCACAGACGAUACAAAGAUUGUCUUUCGCAGCAGCACAUCGAUGGUCUAUCUGUUUCUGCAGAUGUCUUCGGAAAUGUGGGACUUUGAUAUACACGGCGAUCUGUACUUUGAGAAGGCUGUCAACGGUUUUCUCACCGAACUCUUUCAGAAGUGGAAGAAGCUUGGCUGCAACCACGAGGUCACCAUUGUGCUCUUCUCACGCACCUUUUAUGCGGCAAAAAGUUUGGAUGAGUUUCCCGCCCACAUGCGUGACUGCCUGCAACAGGACUACAAGGGACGCUUCUACGAGGACUUUUACCGCGUCGCCAUUCAAAAUGAACGUAACGAUGAUUGGUGUACCGUGCUGGCACAGCUGCGGAAGCUUUUCACCUCCUAUCAGGAAACUGUUUUACGCUAUCAUGAGCGUCAGAAUAUGCGCAUUCCACAGGCAACUAACUCGACGGCAACGCAGGGCAACUUCCUGGAAGUGUUGAACAUAUCGCUGAAUACGUUCGAAAAACAUUACCUGGAUCGCACCUUUGAUCGCACUGGCCAGCUGUCCGUUGUAAUUACUCCUGGUGUCGGUGUAUUUUCUGUGGACAGAGAACUAACCAAUAUAACUAAGCAGCGUAUCAUUGACAAUGGAGUCGGCAGUGAUCUCGUCUGUGUCGGUGAGCAGCCGCUUCACGCGGUGCCGCUGCUCAAAUUCCAUAACAAGGACACUACUUUAACAUCGGCCGAUGACUACUCCUUACCCCAUUGGAUUAACCUAAGCUUCUACUCUACCAACAAGAAGAUUGCCUAUUCCAGUUUUAUACCCCGCAUUAAGUUGCCCAUAUUAUCGUCUGUUGAUGAGUCGGAUGUGGAGGAGAAUGAGCGUAACUUUCUCAGCUGCAAUCAAUCGGAGUACAUACACAACUCGCUCUUUGACUAUGAUGCAUACGAUGAGCAAAUCUUUCAGCCACUGCCAGCGCAAAGCACCUGUUCCCUGCAGCGCGUGGUGCGUGCAAAGAAGACAUCGGUGCCCAGCUUUGAGACGUAUGCUUAUCGUAACAAUGAUUGGGAGAACCUGACGCCCACUAAGAUACCCAGUUUGCGACGAAAAAUGUCUGAUCCGGACAUACAUCAUGGCACGUCGGGCAUGCUGGCUGCCUUGACGGACAGCACCAAUUUAUCCGAGUCCCUAGCCUCUGAGAAGAAUGCCAGACGUGCCAUUGUUAGCAUUGCACCAAUUGUACGACCUGGACGAGCGCUUAUCAAUCCUUUUGAUCCGUCGCAUGUGACGAUUAAAUUGACCUCCAAUCGACGCCGCUGGACACAUAUAUUCCCAAAGGGACCCACGGGUGUUCUGAUUCAGCAGCAUCAUUACCAAGCCGUGCCUGCCAAGACAACGCUCGCUGUCAGCUAUCAUCGGCAACUGCAGCAAUCCAAUAGUAACAACAACAACAACACGAAUAACAAUAAUGACAGUGAUUACAAUUCAGCUGCUGGAGAUCAGUACGACCAGGUGUCCACACACUCAAUGAUAAGCCUCAGCAAAUCCAUCGUAUCACAGAACUUUGUAAUGGGCGAGGAAAAAUCAGAUUUUUUCAAGCGACGCACCAAUUCCCUGUUAACUGCAACGGCAUCUGCUGCCAAUGUGCCCAAUUUGACGGCCACUCAGGCCAAAUCCUAUGUGUGGGGUGCCACGGGGGAGCAGGAAUGGACGCCCGCAAUUACAACUGAAAGUGGGAUUGCAACGGGAAAACAUAUGAAACCGAUUAUCGAAAGUGACCAUAGUAAUUUUGGAAGCUCACCGCUUGAGGCUACAACAGAGACGGUCGGCAAAGGAAAGAUCAUCAUAGGCGUCGACUGGAAAUCUCUGUCCAUACCCGCUUGCCUGCCCAUCACCACGGACUACUUUCCGGACAAGCGUUCGCUGCACAACGACUACGUCAUCUCCGACUACACAUUGCUGCCGGAUGACGUGAACCUGGACUAUGCCAGGAGUCGUGCUGUCUAUCGAAAGCCUCUGUCCACGGAGGAGGUCUGCAAGGAGAUUGUCUCACAGCGUUUGGCGCAGGGAUUUCAGCUGAUUGUCGUUGAGGAGAAACCAAGCAACUCGAAUAGUUGCUGCUCGGCAAGCGGCUCCGGAUGUGCUGUUACCAGCAAUCAAUCCACUUCUGCCGUGUUGCCGCCGUCCAGCGAGACAAAGAAAGAGUAUCUGCUCUCCAUUGGUCGCAUUUUUCACAAGAUCUCGCUGAGCGGUUCGGUAAUAACCGUUACAGGUUACAGACCCAGGCAUCCAUAUCCGCCCAUUAAUGUGGAUUACCGCUAUCGUUUUCAUGCGCCGCAGCAUGAAACCUACGAGAUUUCAGGCGUUAACUUUACCACAGAGAAGCUGGAAAACUUCAACUGGAAUCACAUGGAUUUGUACAUUUGUACACGCGGUGACGUGGACUAUCCGCUAAUGGAGAGUCUCAAAUACUGGCGUUUUCGAAUGUAUCUGUUGCCGCGGGAGAGCAUGGUUAAUAAGAUCGUUAGCUUUGGAAGCCCUCGCUGUGAUAUCUUCACGGAAGCCGUUGUGGACAAUACGAGGGAUCUUAUUGAGGACUUUGUGCGACUUAUCGAGAAUGUCAGCAAACUAAAGCGACAAAUUGGACGAAAAGCGCGCGACAGCCCCACCACCCACAGCCUAACCAAGCGGCGACACAGUACGAGCAUUAUAUCCAGGCCUCCUAACCAGCAGCAUGACACACCCACACCUAGAUUCACUGAAAAGAAUCAUAAUCUAUUAAACGCACCGCAGCAAAGCAUUAAUGUGCGCUCCAAGCUAGAGGCGAGUCGCAUUUCACGCAUCUUUCCCGGCACGGAUGCAGCAGCUGCUGCAACUGCUGUUGCAGUUGUGCCUCGAGAUGACCAGGAUGAUGGUUUUCCUGUGGAUAACAAGUUCAGUGCAAACAUAACGCUAGCGGAGAUCUUUGAGGCAAUGAAGCAUCCUUCGACUGGAGUUGGUUACUUUUCCCAGACUCAGUCCUUGCCCUCCUGCACCUUUGUCUCCUACGAUGCAUUGAUGUGGCUGAAGGCGCGUCUCACCAACGGCCGCCAUCCCUUGGAUCUCUUGGAAGCCAUGCGCAAGGAGCGAAUGAUUUGCCACGCAUCCGGUGAUUGGAAUCAGCCCGUUGUGCCAGGUUUUGUCUUUUACUAUGUGGUACAACAGGACAAGAAUGCCAAAGAUUACGCUCCGCCUCUGAACGAUUACAGUGCAUUUGUCAACGAGUGGCUGGAGAUUGAGUUCCAGGGCUGCAGUUUUCUAUGGCACGACGAGCCGACGCCCUCGCAUGUGCCCAAUUUCCUGCGCGACACAACUGCACCUCAAUCCUGGACAGAUUACUGCAAGAACAAGCGUGUCUAUCGUCAGUCGCACUUGGAGAUUGAUGUGAACCAGAAGAGCGAUCGGAUGGAGUGGGGACAUGUGAAGCAUCACACGGUCAUGCAGCCAGGAUUUGCAUUUGAGCUGGUCGUCGAGUGGGUUACCUCAUCAGGACCCAUUGUAUCCGAUUUGAUUUCCGGCUGGAUGCGCAAGGCAAAUCAUUGUAACUAUCAGCUGGUGUCCGUGCCGGCGGAUCCUAUGGCUGAGCCUUUUACAAAGAAGUCGGAUCCAUUGCGUGGUCCCAUUUUCAUUCCACUGUGUGUUACAUUCUUGCCCGAUGGCGCCGCGCUUUUUGAAGAAUUCCCCGAGGACAGCAGAUCGGAUCGCAUGCUCUUCCUGCAGGAGGCCAUCCUGGCCAGAUUUGGUUUCUCGCCUUGCGUGCUGGAGGAAACAAACAAAGACCUGCCCAAGGAGUACCAGUAUGUGCAUUGCACUGGCAACAUGUUCGCCCUUAUACGCUGUGCCAGUCACAAUUAUCAGAUGGAGUCACCAAGUCGCCAGGAAGCGAACGUCACGCGUUGCGUUUAUGGCCACACCAACAACACGAAUGUGCCCAAGAAAGUGGGAUUUUUAUGGGCGUGGAACCACAUGAUACCCAACAAAAAGUGGAAAGCGUUGACCAUUAACAAUUCCGUGGAUGGUGAACUUUUCCAGCUUAAAAUGCUUAAGGAUUUUCGCGAGUUUUGCUCCAACAGUGAUCAACGUUUGGCCAACUUCUGGGCAAAUUGUCAGGAGCUGAAGCGUAAAUCUCUCAAAUUUGAAAACAAUAAUAACAACGAUGAUCCUAAGAAUAUUUAAGACUAACGUUAAAACCGUGCUUGGUAUAUUAAAGAUUAUGAUAUGAAUUUUAAAAGAUA